ACACCAAUUCAUCUUCAAAACAUUUCAUCUAAAAAACUAUAACCAUCUUUCUCUCUCAAACAUUCUUUCUUCUAAUUCUCCUUACACACUUGUUCCUAUAUUCCGUCACAACAACCUCAAAAAAAUACACAAAAAUGAAGCUCUUGUCUACAAAAGCAACUUGUAAUAGUCAUGGCCAAGAUUCUUCAUACUUCUUAGGAUGGGAAGAAUAUGAGAAAAAUCCAUAUGAUGAUGUUCAUAAUCCCAAAGGAAUUAUUCAAAUGGGUCUAGCUGAGAAUCAACUCUCUUUUGAUCUCUUGGAAUCAUGGUUGGCUAAGAAUCCAGACGCAUCUGGAUUCAAACAAGGUGGGAAAUCCAUCUUCAGAGAACUUGCUCUCUUCCAAGACUACCAUGGUCUCCCUUCAUUCAAACAAGCAUUGGUAGAUUUCAUGGCUGAAAUCAGAGGAAACAGAGUUUCCUUUGAUCCCAACCACAUAGUUCUCACCGCGGGGUCUACUUCCGCAAACGAGACUCUUAUGUUUUGUCUCGCUGAGAAAGGAGAAGCAUUUCUCCUUCCUACACCUUACUAUCCAGGAUUUGAUAGAGAUCUUAAAUGGAGAACUGGUGUUGAGAUUGUUCCAAUACAAUGCAAUAGCUCCAACAACUUUCAAAUAACUGAACAAGCAUUGCAACAAGCAUACAAAGAUGCACAAGAACGCAACCUUAAAGUCAAAGGAGUAAUGGUUACAAACCCGUCAAACCCAUUAGGCACCACAAUGUCAAGGAGUGAAUUAAAUCUUCUCGUUGACUUUAUUGAAGAAAACAAAGACAUGCAUUUGAUAAGUGACGAAAUUUACUCCGGGACUGUUUUUUCCUCUCCAAAUUUUAUCAGCGUUAUGGAAAUCCUAAAGGAAAGAAAUGACCUUCAGGAUUUCAAACAAACUGAUAAUAUUUGCGAGAGAGUUCAUGUUGUCUAUAGUCUUUCCAAAGACUUGGGUUUGCCAGGUUUCCGUGUUGGUGCACUUUACUCCGAAAAUGAUGAAGUUGUCGCGGCUGCAACAAAGAUGUCUAGCUUCGGCUUGAUCUCAUCACAAACACAAUAUCUUCUUUCCUCCAUGCUUGGUGAUAAAAAAUUCACCAAAAACUACUUAGCUGAAAACUUAAAGAGACUUAAAAAACGACAUGGAAAGCUCGUUUCCGGGUUACAAAAAGCCGGUAUUAACUGCUUAGAAAGCAAUGCUGCAUUAUUUUGUUGGGUUGAUAUGAGGCAUCUUCUCCCUUCCAACACAUUUGAAGCUGAAAUGGAUCUAUGGAAGAAGAUAGUGUACCAAGUUGGUUUGAACAUUUCACCCGGUUCAUCUUGUCAUUGUAAUGAACCGGGUUGGUUUCGUGUAUGUUUCGCUAACAUGUCGGAAGAGACUCUCAAACAAGCAAUGAAAAGGCUAAAAGCUUUCGUUGUUGAGUCCACCGGCAAUGUUAAUAGUGUAACUAGUCGGAGCACACUUCAAAAGACAAAAUCAGUACUCACUAAGUGGGUUUUUCGGUUAUCGUCUCGUGAUCAUCGUGAUCAUCAAGAGGAACGGUAACUUGGUUUGGUUUGGUUCGGUUCAUCAUGAUGUGUGUGAAAGUUGAAGAAGCUGGCCAUGCACAAUAUUACACUUUUUUUUUCUUUUUUUUUGGUCUCCCCAAUUAUUUUAUGGUGGAGUAGUUCAAAAAAUGUUUAUUUUAAUUACUAUAUUUUUUUUACCUCAUAAAAUUGUAGAAAGAGAGAGAAAGCACUCUGUCCACAUGGAUGUGAAGUGUGAGCAUAUUUUUAGUUAGUCUGGUCUGUAUAAGUUUGAUUUAAACAGUUAUUGUUGUACCAUGAAAAUGAUAUCCUUAUAUAUUAAUGAUUAAUAAAAGAAAGUUUAUUUAUUUAUGAUA